GUGUCCAGGGGCAGCACUGUCAUUGGCUAGCGGAGGCUCUCCCGCGGAGGACUGGCCGCCGUGGGGCGGGUGAGCGAGCGAUGCGUGAUAGGUUGCAAACACCUAGCUGCUUUGGAAGAGUGGGAGAGACCGUGUGGAGCUCGCGGAGGCGUAGUCUAGAUCGCAGAUCCAGGAGAAAGACUCUGCUGCACAAUACCAGCCUUCAACAACAUAGCUUGGCACAGUCCUGCUGACUCCAGUCAAGACCCAGCCAGAAAGGAUGUUUGGUGUUGUGGUGGUUGGCGUUGGCAGGGCUGGAUCUGUGCGGAUUAGGGAUUUGCAGAGUCCCCAGCUUCUUCCCAGCCCUCUGAAACUGAUUGGAUUUGUAUCUAGGCGAGAACUUGGUAACAUUAAUGAGGCGAAGCAAAUCUCUCUGCAAGAUGCUCUUUCCAGCACAGAAGUUGACGUCGCCUACAUCUGCAGUGAGAACGUUAGCCAUGAGACAUAUAUCAGGCAGUUUCUCGAUGCUGGCAAACAUGUCCUCGUGGAAUAUCCCAUGGCUUUGUCUCUGGCGUCAGCCCAGGAACUCUGGAAGAAAGCAGAAGAGAAAGGAAAAAUCCUUCACGAAGAACACAUUGAGCUCCUGACGGAAGAAUUUGCUUUCUUGAAAAAUGAAGUGAGUGGGAAACAGCUGUUGGAAGGAACUCUCCACUUUACGGGGGGUCCCUUGGAGAAAGACCGCUUCGGCUUUCUUGCGUUCAGUAGCAUCGCCCGCCUGUCCUGGCUGGUGAGUCUUUUUGGGGAGCUGGCCUUCAUCUCAGCCACCAUGGAGGAACAGAAGGAGAAUCAAUAUCAGAAAGUGACUGUAAACUUGGAGACGGUGGACAAGAGGCCACUGACUUGGAUUGAAGAAAGAGGCCCUGGCAUGAAACGCGAGCGGCAUAUUAAUUUCCUUUUUGAGUCUGGUCGCCUGGAAAGUAUCCCUCCUCCAGCUCAAGGAAACAAGAAUAUUUUCCUGAGGGACCAAGAUAUAUUUGUCAAGAAACUUUUGGGUCAAAUGUCCUCAGAGGAUCUGGCCAAGGAGAAGAAACGCAUCCUGCACUGCCUGGGAAUCGCUGAUGAAAUCCAGAAGUACUGCCAGCAUCCCAAAAAGGAGGGGCCCUUGGGAGGAGCAGAGGGCACAAUGUAAUGCCACCAAGAGGGAAUUUCAGAGUUCUUGGCAGAUUUAGAAAACAAUACUGGGGUGGUAGUGGUGGUUUUUAAUUUUUCUUAUUAAAAAGGUUUGAUUAAGGA